AUGGAUUCCAAAGAGAUCAAAUCCGGCGUCUUGACUACGCUGGCCAAGCAGAUGCGUCUUUCCGCUACGUUGGAAAUAAACGAACUUGUUCAUCAACGCACGGCAAAAGGUUUCAAAGUUGUGCACCUGGGAUUUGGCGAAGCUACCUUUCCUAUCCAGAAGGAUGUAGCUGCGGCUCACAGGGAAGCCAGCAACAUCACUAGCUACCUUCCAGUUGCAGGGCUGGCCGAAUUGCGAGAAGUUGGGAUUCCGAUAUCAUAUAUGAGUGCAACGUUUCAUACUGACCUCCGAGGGCAGGCUAUUGCUAAAUUCCAAUCUCGGCGUCUCAAAAAUGACAUUCGGGCAGGCCAAGUUGUCGUGGCUCCAGGAUCCAAGCCAUUGCUCUUCGCACUUUUUGAUCUGCUUCAAGGGGACGUUCUACUGCCGCGGCCAUCUUGGGUCAGUUACGAGCCUCAAAUCAUCCAUGCAGGAAAGCAGAUCUUUUGGGUGGAAACGGAUGAAGACGAUCGCCAAACCAUCACAGAAAAUUCUUUGCAGUCAGCAUUUUCACGCGCAAUUGAACAAGGUGGCAAUCCUCGAAUAAUGCUCAUAAAUAGCCCUUCCAAUCCCACUGGUCAUGCUUUCGACGAGAGCGAUAUAGAGAUAAUCAGCACCUUUUGUAAAAGCCAUGAUAUUACUCUCAUCAGCGAUGAGAUCUAUUCUGAUAUCAGCUUCUCCGAAGAAAGUAGCGCAACUCCGUGCUCAGGUUCGCAAUUCAACUUGAGUCAGAAAAUUCUGACUAGUGGGCUUUCAAAGACAUAUUCCGCCGGAGGAUGGAGGGUUGGCUAUGCUAUCUUUCCUGCAAACGACUUCGGAGAAAGGGUACAAUCGGCAGUCUUGGCAUAUGGUUCUGAAUGCUGGUCUACUGCUUCGGCGCCCGCCCAAAAAGCUGCUGCAGUAGCGUUUGAUACCAGUCUAGAAAUGGAUUUGUAUCGCGGCCAGGUUGUGUCAUUGCACAAGCGAUGCACAUUGGCACUGUAUCAUGCUUUACGUCAAUGCGGCCUCGCAGUUUCAGAGCCAAAAGGUGCCUUUUAUGUUUAUCCCUCCUUUCAUCCAUAUUCCAAGCAGCUAGAGGCUCGUGGAAUUAGAUCCAGCCAAGAGUUAUCCCGCUGGCUUAUUGAAGAGUGUGGUGUCGCAGCCCUUCCAGGUUCGGUAUUUGGCGAGGACGAUGCUGGGCCCAUAGGCGGUCGAUAUCGUCUGCGGAUGGCCACAAGCUACCUGUAUUUCCGUGAUCAGGCUGAGAGAUACCAAGAAGGAUACCGCAUUCUGGAUUUGGCGUUGGACGCGAAUAAUGGUCUUAAGCUGCCUUUGCUAGACGAAGCCAUUCAUGCCAUCCAAGAUGCCGUUGCAAAGCUUCGAUCAGCGCCAUAA